AUGAUCAAUGUGGAGGGCUUCCACUAUCUACAAGGAAACGGUGGUCUGAUGAUGGACCCAAACACUCCUGGCUCGUCUAAAAAUGGAAAUGGAGGAAAAAAAUCUCCCAGGAAGGAGGAACGGAAAAAGUUCCUUAAAAAAGGUACCGGAAAAAUGGCCUACAAAGCCAGUGGAGCAACAAGACCAUCUGCUCCACCUAUUAGUUUCGAGCCACAUAGAAUAACCGACAGACCUGUGGAGGAGCUUCCACCAGUUAUGGAAGGGGGAAUUAGGACUUCGCCACCAGUUGGACCCUCACACUCGCUACCUGGUCCCUCCCAUGUGCCGGUACAAGGCACUAGUAGAAUAAUCGAGCCACUACAAAUUUUGGCUCGAUCUCCCGAAUUCAGACCUGCCACACCCGAACCCAGACCAUCACCACACGCCAUUGACUCUCCACCCCAGGAACCCUCUGCAAGCUGGGCUACCAUUGCUUCCUUGCGAGAGAGAGCAGUUGAAGUGGCUGCAACGAGGAGCCCCCAACAUAUCCCAACCACUCCUUCUCGCAAACGGAGAAGCGAGUUGCGAGACACAGAUCAGCCAGCUAAAAGAAUUGCUGGAGAACUAAAUGGAAACCAGUCGUCACCAAGUCGCAUUGAUGAUGUUUCAAUGAUCGAACCUACUCCACCGCCACAACCUACUCCACCGCCACAACCUACUCCACCAACCGCACAACCUAGUCCUAGACCACGACCAGCAAGAGCUCCACGAAGGAGAGUUCAACAAUUUCCACUUGUGCCAACUGCAACAUAUGAUGGACCGCCCAAUAACGAUGCGGCGAUCGAAGAAAGGAUCCAGGAACGUCUCCGGCGUUUGGCGGCCAAGGACCGCCUCGACGACCUCUUCGAGAGGAUCCGAGACGCCAACCCGGAGGUAAGAGUCACCAGGGCUUUAUUCGAUAGAAGAAUCAAGGACCUGGUAGGCGAUCAGAGCCGUGCCGAGCUCGGCAUCAAUUUAGAUGCAAUUCCGGCAGCGGAUUCCCCCGAAGAGUAUUUGGUGCUCUGCCGAUAUGCCUUGGCCCGUGAUGUGGCUCUCUGUGCAAAACGGAGGCAAAUCGCGGACCGGGACAUAUCGGUAGCCAUCGAACACCUUUGGGUGGCUUAA